UUUUUUCUCUUCUAACUUGCAAGAACCAGCACUUCUCCAGCACAUCUCUGCUGCUCCCAGAUACAGGUGAGCCUUGCAACUUAAAAACUUUCCAAAUGUUGUGUAUACUGUUGAACUUUAAUGCUGUACUCCAUUUACAAACUCGCACUCUGUGUGGCAGCAAAGAGUAAGCCUCUUAUGUAAUUUAACACUUUCAAUGCUGAUGCUUUGCUGUUUAAGAAAAAUGCACUUUGAAAAGGCUAAAUAUUUAUAUUAAAAUUAUUAACGUCCUAUCUUAAUCUGAUUCCACACUACCUUCUUAGCAUCAUAUAUGUUUCCCGGCCACAGGUAUUUUCCAGUGUAGCACAAUAUAACAAAUUCUGGGAGUGUGUCCUAUAAAUUUGCAACAAUAUAAAAGCAGACAAUAAAAAAAUCAUGCACAACAAAUUGAUCCAUACCAUUGCCAUAUCUAACAUACUUACAAUACCACCUUUUAUAAAUAUUCAUCCUCGUGGACAAUUCCAUAUUUUGCGACAUGACAGCCUGAAAUUAAAAUGACCUGUCAGUACACACAACGUAUUAAAUUCAUAUUAAAGAGCAUAACAUUUCCUCUAGAACAAUUGCUAGUAAUUGUAUAAACUUUUAGAUAUUUUUAAACAAAUCAAUGAACGUUUGAUGUAGACAUUAGAAUAGCUUCUAAACCAAUGACUGAGUCUCAAGGCGGAAGCAGAACCUUCUUAUAGGCGAUGCGCCUGAUGUGCUUAUUGCCCCAUUAAGCCCACCUUGUGCUCUGCUAGGGAAAUAAGUAAUGGAGUAAUUGAUGCCACUGAGUUGUGAUGCUGCAAUGCUUACAAAAUAGCAAGCACAACAGUCUUAUAGGAAAGCAGUGGCCUGCUUAGAGAGUUGUUCCCAAGGUGGGCCAAUCAUGUUAGAGAAGGGCAGGGAGGUGGGGGUUACAUUGGUGUAAACCCGCAAAGACAGUGAGAUGGCAGCAUUAAGUACAAAAUGAAUAUCUCACUAAGCAAUUAAAUAUUUAAUUGAUAAUAAUGAUCACUGUUAUACUUGUUGGCUUUUGGAAUUAAUGUACAUGUCAUAGAUCAUUUGUUAAAUUAUUUUGACUUUAACCAUUUGUUUUACAAAACAAAACUAACACUUUUUGAAAAUGCUAUUUUGUAUUAUGACACAGUGAUUUCUGUUUUGAAACUCUUUAUUUAGUCAAGUUUAAAUAGUACAAAAUUUUUUUUUUUAAAAAGCCACAUAUUCAAGCAUAGUAUUAGUGGACCCCAGGUUAAUAAGGACUUACAUACCAGUGAGCCUAGGGGAGAAUCAUUUUCCCAUAUGAGCUAAAGGAGGCUAGGGAAAGAAAAAAGGGAGGAGAAAAAGAAGGGAUGUAUAAAGAAAGAACAGAUCCAGAGUACACUAAACCCAUCAGGACCUUAAACUGUCUGCCUAUCCUCUGCCCUCCCCCAGGUGCGCCAUAAAAUCCAGCCAAGGAAGCCACAUUUCAUGGACUUUCUUUUCCCUUCCAUAAAGUCUCACAGCCAUGCCAUCUAUUAUCUUCCAUUUUUGCUAUUCAUUGGACCAGACUACGGGUGGAAGUCUGUUGUCAAAGAGCAGGGAUCAACACUCUAUCCACAUUAAGAAAGGGCUGCGUUAAAGACUUUUUGAACUCAGAGAUUAGCAGAAUAUUUGCCAGAGUGAAUGGAAUAAUUUCACCAAAUAUUGAGGUCAAUGACACAAAGUGAAUUAAAGAAAAAAAGUUGUUGCAUUCAGAAGUCACUGAAUUAGUUAAAUGGGGUCUGUACCUGUAAUCUGUUAAAGAGUCACGCAAUCUCAAAAUAUGUUAGUCAACAACAUAAUGAAUAUCAAGGAGUUGUCAAAAUUAGUUGGAUAUAAUUAAAACUAUUAAUAAAAUAUGGCAAGACUACAUUACAAAUGUAACUUUACUUAGAGAGCUAUCCAAGGAUUCAUUAGUUAGAGAACCAACCAAGAGGCAAGUGUUAACUUAGAAAGAGCUGGAAAGAUCAACAGCACAGAUGAAAAACUGUCCAUGGGAUAUUUAUAACUUAGGCAAAUCUGGGCUUACUGUCUUGUGGAAUGAAGACACCCAUUGAUGAAAAGCCCCCAUAUCAAUACCCAGGCAGGUGGGAGACACAGUAAACAUGUGGAAAGGCUCGUGGUCUGAUAAGGUGAAUACUGACAUUAUUGGUCUUAAGGCAAGGACAACACUGCCCAAAAAUCUAUUCCCCGGUUAUAAAAUUACCAUAUAUGGAAACAUCCAAGGGAGUGAAUACUUCUGCAACCCACUGUUUUUAGGAAAGCUAUUGUCACGAUAUAGAAGUAUCCCCAAGCAUACUGAUCUGAUUUCACAACAGAGAGUUCUAUAAUCCAUAUCAUCAGAUCAUAGAGUGGCCUGGUUUAACAUAAGAAUGGUCAGAGAAAUAGGCAAGGUCAAGGAUUGGAGAAAAUAGAGUAAACAGUAGACAAGCUAAAUAUCAGGAGUACAAAGAACAGAAUAAUCGUAUAAGAAACCAAGGUCAGUUUGAGAGAGUCCGAAUAGUUACAAACACACUAUUGGGCUAACCGAGAGCCAUAAAAGGGCGAUUGGGAUUUAAACAGUGAUUAUUUUACUACUAUUGGGCCACAUCAUAGGAGGGUGCCAGAAGAUGCGAGGACAAUGAAUCGUUCAAUUCAAGACAUGCACAACAUAAUUCAUGCUCGGGAAUAAAUAGGCACAGACUGGCAUUAGACACCAGUCUGGAGCGGCUUGAAAAACCUUGGAAUCUGCAGGUACGACAGCUAUGACCAAGAAUGAUCAUUGUGGACUAAUCAUAUCCUUAGUGUGAACUUAAGAAAAAAAUAAUUGAAUACGGCUCAUAAAAUUUAGUUUCAUAAGUAUAUUAUUUUCAGUUCAAUUUAAUUUAUAUCUCUCCCAUGAUUCAGUGAGAUGCUUGUAGUGCAAAACAGCCAGAUUGUCAUAGUUGCCUGUAUUUGAGAUAUAACCAUAGAAGUUUACUAUUAUCGUUUUGUGCUCAUUUCAGGGUUAAUGGAGACAUACACACCAUAUGUGCCAGAGAGACUGACCUUCUCACCGUGGGAUUAUGGGGUCUUUGCUAUAAUGCUCCUUGGAUCCACAGGCAUUGGGAUGUUCUAUGCAUUUUCUCAUGGGGGACAGAAGACAUCGGAUGAUUUUUUCACAGGUGGCAGGAAAAUGUCAGCGGUGCCUGUAGGCUUGUCUCUGUCUGCCAGUUUUAUGUCUGCUGUGCAGGUUCUGGGGGUACCAGCUGAGGCUUAUAGAUAUGGAACUAAGUUUAUUCAGAUGUGCAUUGGCCAAACCUUAAAUAGCCUCAUGACUGCCUAUAUCUUCAUGCCAGUAUUCUACAGACUAGGAAUAACCAGCACCUACCAGGUAGGUCAAUUGAGUUGUCAUUUAUUAUGUUACCAUGUUUAAUCUCUGCAAAGUUUGAGAAAUGUCCUAUUAAAGGAAAAUAUUAGCAAGCUGCAGUAGUUAUGGUGCCCUAGUGUAAAGUUGUGACUGGAUGACCCUAGGUAAGAAGUCAAACUGUUUCUUACUCCUGAGCACUCAUGGAACCAUAGCCACUUUAAGUAUGUGAUUAACAUUUGUUUUCUCUGUCCUGUGAUUUUCAUGUGUGUUUUAUAUUAUCUGAACUUGCUAUCUCUCUUUUCACAGUAUUUGGAAUUAAGAUUCAGCAGAAGUGUACGACUCUGUGGCACUAUACAAUUCCUUUUAGGGACAGUAAGUAUCCUUAUGAAAUUUAAAAAGCAGUGAACAUGUAGAACGAAAUAACAAAAUUGUCUAUGCUUUGUCUCAACAGAUGUUUUACACUGGGAUUGUGAUCUAUGCUCCAGCAUUAAUACUGAACCAAGGUUAUUAUCAUUUUUUUCUAUGUGGUGCAUAUGCAUUGUGACCAAGAACAAGUCCAAGUUUCUCUUCUUUUCUCUAUAGUUACUGGGUUGGACAUUUGGUCAUCUCUGUUUUCUACUGGAGCAAUCUGCACAUUCUACACUACUGUGGUAAGUGUCUCUUUAAGAAACAUGUAAAUAGUCACUAAGGAAUAAAAUUUGCACUCCAUGAUGCAUAGUCGUUUACCUCCAUUAAGCAGGACAAUUCUCUGAUGAAUAUAUAAUUUUGAUGUGGUAAAUGAUAAUUUCACAUAUAUAUCAUAUCAACUAAGGUAGCUCAGGUAAAAAAAAAAAAAAAACAACUCUGCUGAACACCGGUCCCAUAAACAAAGCUUACUUCUUAGAAUAAGUAAGAUUUGUUCAUCUGUUAAUGUGGUUUCCCUUCAAACCAUGGUUGCACAACCUAAAGCUCUAUUAAACAAGUUCUUAUUGUAGUAACAGUAGCUGGAUCUACUCAUUUAACCCCUUAAGGACUGAUGCAGUUGUACAAGUUGUGAUCAAAGCAAAACGUAAACAAAACCUUGAAUUUGCGCAUAUGUCUGUUCAGGCGUAAUUCACAUUUUUCAUUUUAUGUGCACCCACACUUAUCAUAUAUAAUUUUGUUCGGGCAGGAGAAACAGGGCUUUCAAGUCACAUCAAAUAUUUGUAUAUUAAACAUAAUUUAAUAUGAAUAAAAUAUUUUAAAAAUUGAGAAAUUAAGAUUUUUUUUCUGCAUGGCAUUUUAACUGUGAAUGUCACAAUACUGUUAGAUGUUACUGCAAUAAAGUACACAUAUUUGUAUUCAGCGAUGUUCCAUGAGUAAAACAGUACCCCCAAUGUACAGGUUUUAUGGUAUUUUGGAAAGUUACAGGGUCAAAUAUAGCACAUUACAUUUUUCAGUUUAUACAGCCGUAUGGUAACCCAGGAGUGAGAAUUACCCCCGUGAUGGCAUAUCAUUUGCAAAAGUAGACAAUACAGUCUUUUUUAGUAGUCACUUAGUCACAAACACUGGCCAAAGUUAGUAUUCAUAUUAAAUUUGAAUGCUAAUUUUGGCCAGUUUUGUGACUAAGUAGCUACUAAAAUGACUGGACAUACCCCAUUUGCAAUACCUUGGGUUGUCUACUUUGCAAAUGGUAUGCCAUCAUGGGGGUAAUUCUCACUCCUGGGUUACCAUACGGCUCUAAGGCAUCAUAACGAAUCUGGCAAAUUUCAAUGUGAAAAAAAGGAAAUUCAAGCCUUAUAUUUGACUCUGUAACAUUUGAAAACAUCAUAAAACCUGUACAUGGGGGGUACUGUUAUACUUGGGAGACUUCGCUGAACACAAAUAUUAGUAGGGGGGGCGGAGCCAGCACUCAACCCGAUCAGUUGCAUUUCCGCAGCUCUCCGGCGAUUGGAAGCCCUAAAACCCCAGUAAUUGUCCUAAACGGCUGCCUAAUACACGGCAAAAAGCACCACUGCACCCCAACACCAAUGGGGAUAAAGAACAAAAAACUGAUGCCCGGAUCAGCCACGGCAAUUCCCCGACAGUAGGCAAUCUACUGAGGAGACCGCAUGGCGCAGCAGGGCCUAAGAUGGUGGCCGACAUCGACAAAUAUUCAGACUGCUCGGAUGACAUCCCCCUGCAGUAUAUAGAAUCUCUUGGAUAUCGAGAGCCAGCUAAGCAGGUACAGCCGACAGUGGGCCACCCGGUGACCACAGAGAUACUUACCUCCCUCCUCUCUGGGCUGUGCCAGACACUAUCAGCAGAGAUCUUCCAAGUAAGGGAUGAUGUCAGGGAGUUUACCGCCCGCCUGGGCACCGUGGAGAAACUCACUCAAACACACGCAACCCUGGUGACAGACCUCCAGACACAGGUGAGAGAAUUCACCACAGCCCACACUGCAUUGUCCCACCAACUAGCUGCCAUAGAGGACAAACGCAAAUGGAAGCAUAUUAAAAUCCGAGGCAUUUCAGAAGCGGUGACCCCAGCAGAGUUACCCCAUCUUCUUCGCAGGCUAUUUGCAACCUUGCUGCCCUCCAGACAAGCAAAGGGGAUACAGCUAGACGGCAUGUUUCGCCCACCCAAACCACCACACCUACAGGUGACCUCCUGGUCAAGCUUCAAAAUGGACAAGACAAAGCAGCACUCACGAGUGCCAUCAAAGGGAAAAAUCCCUACAGUUUUGAGGGCAUGGACAUUACAUUCUACUCAGACUUAUCUCGCCCUACCCUGCAAUGGCGGAAAUCCCUGCGUCCACUGACAACCUCACUGGCAACCAGAGGAGUGACAUACCACUGGGGACCGGCACACGUGCUCGUAAUACAGCAUCAAGACACCGAACACAGAGUGACAGACAUAGCAGAGAUGGACACUGUAAUGGCAAAACUGAGCCUCACAACCCCCCCAAACUACAACAGCUUGGGACCCAGCCAAUGUCGUCCCAUUUAUCCCGGAUCAAGGGACACAUGGGGGAAGACAGCAUCAUGAACCACCAAAUCCAGUCUAAAUUGGCUAACAAAUUUAAUAUGUCUUUGUAAUCUAUUUUGGUUUUAGUUCUCGGGCUUCCACUAUAAACACUGGGUUUAACCCGGGAAGCUGGCUCCAGUAAACCACCCACCUCCCCCCAACUCCAAACUGUGCACAGCGAGUUGUAGUUUAGCGACAAGGAGUUGUGUUACACACCAUACAGACACCACGUCCCUCUUUAACUGCCUAAGUUAGUCUAAGCCAUGUUGUAGCCCCUGACACAUUCUCCACCUACCGGCCCCUCAGACGGCCAAGUAAAGUUGUUCCACUGCACCCCAAUAGCAUGGGUACACCUGCCCUACCCCAGAGGAGUAGGCCUGGUAAAAGAAGUAACCAACAGCGAUCCAUAGACACAUGCUAGGCCCCCUCAUAGGGACCCACAGCAUUCCAAGCUAUACCACUGCCCUCAGCAACACUACUGACCACGCGGAACCAAUCCUUUAAAAAUUUACAAGCUGAUGUUUUUACUUUAUGUUGAACUAUUAUUAAUUUAAUUUACAAAUGUGAAGUAACUAUAAAUGCCAUACUGUUGUUUCACAUGUUACAGAAGUGAUUGUCCUAGCUGUUGAAGCUUUAUAAGUUUACAAGCUGUUGUUUCACUUUAUGUUUGACUAUCACCAUUUAAAAAAAAUGUGCAGUGACUAUAAAUGCCAUACUGAUGUUAUACAUGUUACAGAUGCGCUUGCUCUAGCUAUUGUGGCUAUUCAAGCAAGAUGUAAUAAAAAUAAAGAAUAAAAAAAAAAAGUAAAACGUUUCACAACAAUUAUAUCGUCAGUGAAAGUACAGUUUGUGUGUGAAAAAUGCAAAAAACUGCAUUUUUAAUGACGAUAUCAUCAUUGUGAUAUGUUUUACUGUUUUUAAACACUAAUAUGUGUUCAAUUAAGUCUCCCGAGUAAACCAGUACCCCCCAUGUACAGGUUUUAUUGUGUCCUGGAAAGUUACAGGGUUAAAUAUAGGGCUUGCAACCAAAUUCUCUGGACAUACUGCCUGUUGUCGGGCAGGUCCCUCAGAUUGUAAUUAAUAAAAUGACUUAAUUAUGUAAAAAUAUUAUAUAAAUAUAUUUGUAGAAUUUAAAUAUAUAUGUGUAAUUAUUUUUAUUUAUAUAUAGCUAUAUAUAUAUAUAUAUAUAUAUAUAUAUAUAUAUAUAGAGAGAGAGAGAGAGAGAGAGAGAGAUAUACAUAUAUGUAUUUAUAAGUCAUUCUAAAUGUAUUUUGAAUUUAAUAUAUAUGUAUAUUAAUAUCAAAAUACAGUUAGAACAAAUUAAAACUGGUAUAUAUAUAUUUUUUACAUUAUUAUUUUUAUUUUUUUCAUUUUUUUAUUGAUUAUUUUUAUAUAUAUAUAUAUAUAUAUUCAUUCUAAGUGUAAUUUUAAUAUAUAUAUAUAUAAUUAUAUAUAUUAAUAUUAAAAUACACUUUUAUCAAUGAUGUAUGUAUGUGUAUAUAAAAGUACUUAGAUUAUAUAUAUAUAUAUAUAUAUAUAUAUAUAUAUAUAUAUAUAUACACAUGCUCUAAGUACUUUUUAUUUAAUUUAAGAACUGUUUAUUAACUUUUACUAACUUUUUAAAACUUUUUUACAGGCAUGAGGGGGACUGCCUGAUAGUUCAGACAGGCCCCUUGCAGGCACUGUGAUCACGAGGACCCCGCAAUCACAUGGCGGGAGGGGGUGGGCGGAUCAGACAGAGGGGGUCUGCCUGAGCUCCCAGGCAGACCCCAGGAUCGUGGGAUCGGCGGGGACCCGAUAUGUGCCCUGGACGGCAGGGACAUUCUAUGCCGCCCACCGGUAUUUAGGACUGCCCCGAAAAGGAUGGCAUAGAAUGAACGCCGUCCUUAAGGGAUUAAAGGAACACUUAAUGCACUAUAAACUUAACAGAGUGUGAUUGUAGUUAUGGUGCCAGGAAUCCCCUGGGCCACACUUUUGUGCUGCUACCUGUCUCCUCUCUAGUUAGAAUCUCUUAGCUCUGAGUUAAGCCCAGAUGAGCAGUUAAUUGGAUGAAAGCAAUCAAGAGAGACAAUGGAAGCUCCUAACAGGAACUUCCUGCUGAAAUGAAAAGGCAGAGUGGGGUGCUCAGUGAACCCAAGGUAAGAAGUUAAAUUGUUAUAGUUGAACUUCUUACUUUAGGGAAGUGCACCAAGACACUUCUAGCACCAUAUCCACUAGAAAAUGUUGCAGUAGUUAUGGUGCUUAGAGUGUUCAUUUAACCAUUCUUACUCCAUAGCCUGUGAGAAAAUAUUGCUUCUUCAUGAAUGUUUGUACUUAGACAAAUAUACCUGCUCCACAAUGACCAAAAUAUUCUUCUGCGAAGAAUGACUUCUAAGUGACAAGAAUACUACUUGAAGAUCAAAGUUGUCUCACAUUGUUUAACAUAUUCUGUUCCUUUUUAGGGUGGAAUGAAAGCUGUGAUCUGGACAGAUGUCUUUCAGGUGCUAGUAAUGCUUUCAGGAUUCUUUGCUGUUGCUAUCCGCUGUACCAUACUUGUUGGUGGAGUGUCUGAGGUUCUGGACAUUGCAGGGAACAAUUCACGGAUAAACUUUGGAGAGUACGUAAAAAGUCCUACUAUUAACAAAAUAUAUGACAUUUAGAGAUCUAAUGGACUACAGGUCUGAUAGCUUGAUAAAGACCCGGUAGGGUCAAAACCUUGCUGCUUUUGCCCCAAUAAAGCGUUUUUGUUAUCCCGGAGUGCCUGAACCAUUAUUUAUUCUGCAUAUUUUAGAAGGGAGGCCUGGUCAUGUCUGGCUUCAGAGCACCUGGGUUAUUUGGUGAGUGCGGUACAUCUCUACUAUUGAUAGUCACAUCAGGCCUUGACUGGCUAUUGUGCAAACAGGCAAAUAUCUUAUAAGCUACAAAAGAUCAUGGGUCCGAUGAUCAAUUAGGGUCAUCAGGAAACCUCCACAACUGACCUUGUUAAUCUGCAGCUAUGUUAUGUGUGACUAUAGAAUCACAUGCGGAUUCCUUUUGGUUCUCAACUCCACUCACAAUAGAAAUUAAGAUGACCAUGCAUGAAACAGCAUAUGCCUUUAUAGUCACACAUAUCAUGACUGCAGGAGGCAGUGGAGAAGACAGCAAAAUGUAAGGAUCCACAUGUGCCUAUUUUAUUUCCCAGUCCGGUCCUGGGUAAUACCUGAAUGCAGUCCAUGUAGGUAUAUGGAAUCAAUACAAUCUGGUCAAUUUACUAGUGGCCAGAAAAUAAUGGUGCAUCUGAAAAGUCAGUAAAGAGAGCCUUGAUACUAGAGUUCCCAAACUAACAUAAGAACAAAAGCAGUGGACUGAUUUUUGUAGUUCCUGUAUAAAAAGAUAUAAAUAUAUUAGGCAGUGGCAGAACUAAUAUAUACAGAGCCCUAGUGCAAGAAUUAUUUUUAGACCCUUCUAUAGCGCAGUGGUUUCUAAAAGGUAGAUCCCCAUCUGUCAUAAAACUCCCACGAUGCUAUCCCAGCUGACAAUCUACCAUUUACCUUGCAGGCUUAUAUUUGUGAGUAGUAUCUGUGUAUUUGAAUGUAAGCAUGUUUUUGUAUGAAGUGUGUGCAUGUGUAUGUAGUAGUGCGGUCUCAUUCGCCCCGCGACUAUGCCUCCUGACUAUGCCUCCACUCCAACUCCUUGCACAGGCUCUCUAUGUAGCUAGAAUGAAGGGAUCUGCACUCUCUGUAGCUGGGAGCAAUUGACCUUUAUCCCAGCACUGCCAAUUUGAUGGGGUUAGAUUGUUUAGAAAUGUCCAAAUGUGCAGGAGCCAAUCGAUGAUCCCACAGCGUGCGCACCCCGGUGCAGUCAUUGGCAGUAGUCUCUCUGCUGAUAUAAGGUUCCAUUGUCAUGAGGGGAUGACCUCCCCUGUUCCUCCACCCUUUGUGCAGGUUAAUGGAGGCUAAACUAAUAAGGUAGGGCAUUCCCUCUCUAAUAAGUAUGGGACUAGUGGCAUCCAGUCCAAUAGUCCUCUAUGUGUGUGUCAAUGGGUAUGUGUAAGUGUGUAAGUAUAUAUAUUGCAGUGUAUGUGUAUAUGUGCAUAUAUCCCAUCAAUCAAAUUACAACAGAUAGCACCCAUCUAUCUAGAAGACCUAAAGCCUGUAGUCACCACCAUAUAUAUUUAAGAUAUACUUUUCCUCCUUCUAUUAAAUAGCAUACAGGGUUAGGAAGUAUAUCCUUAUGAAAAUAAAAAUAAAAUGAAAAUGAAAAAUAAAUAUUUUUUUUUAGUUGAGAUAAUUUAGGGCUUUUUAAGUUUACUGUAAAAUAUAAUAUAUUAUUAUAUAUGAACAUAAUGCCACCAAAUUUAUCAGGCUUUUGUGGUACUUUGAGCGCCACAGUGUAGUUUUAACAUUAACAAAUAUGUUCUCAAAAUCUGUAGCACAUUGUAUGUAGUUUUGCUAUUUAUUAGAAAAGGCUUUUCUGACAGAUAUUAUCCAUAUUGUCUUUGUUUUGAUGACCCAUUCUUACAAAAAUCUUCAACUGUAACAUUAAUAUAUAACAAAUAUAUAGUGUAUAUUCACUUUAUUUGACUCUUUUUGAUAUCAAAGGGCUUUCCAGCAGACAGAGAAAGGCAGCAAACUAUUUACUAUGGCUAUUUCCAGAGGUCUAAAAUAUAUGUAUCUCUUCCAAAAAUUGAGGACAGCCUGUGAUAGCAUGGCAUCUCAAUUUCGAGUCCUAAUCAAACGUCCUAAUUAUGUCUUCCAGUGGGCCCCAAUUGUUGGAAACCCAUGGUAAUUUAGUUAUCUCUUCAACAAAAUCAUGUUCAAGCAUACCUAGGUCUCCGGUGUCUCCAGGAAGAAGCAAUAACUAAUAAUAAUAAUCAUUUUUUUAUAUUUUUAUACAGCUUUGACCCAGACCCACGCCGGCGCUACACUUUUUGGACUUUUCUUUUUGGCAGUACAUUCCUCUGGUUGUCCAUGUACGGAGUCAACCAGGCCCAGGUUCAGCGAUACGUAGCAUGCAAAACUGAACAUGAGGCAAAGCUGUGAGUCAUUCUUAUAUUAAUGAAAGAUUGCAUUUGCAACAUGGCACGUGUUGCUUGUCUAUUCAAUUGUUUUUAGUCUUGCUUGUUAUGCAGAGUGUUUUUUGAAACUGGUAUAUUGCUAAUGGUAGGGCUCAAAAAGUCAUAUGCUACUAGACAGGCCUAAAAAUUACUGCAAGCCUAGAGAGUCCAUGGAACACUCAUUGUUGGAAUUUAACCUGCCAAUGGAUCAUAAAAGCCUUAUCCAGAAGCCCAAUUACAUAAUGAAGACAUGUGAAUUGCCAACUAUUAAAAUAAAGCAAGAGUAUGUAAUAGCAGCAUAAGUAUCUGCAUUUGUGACAAAAAAAACCCACUUUUUAUAAGAACCAAUUAAACAAAACAAUUACCUAUGUAAACAAACAUCUGAGAAGGUAUUGCUCAGUUCAAAAAGUACAAAUCAAUCUAUUUACGCCUACAUAUGGAUUUUAUACACAUUGUUUUGGGCAGUGCUAUUGUUUCUGAUCUUUUUCUCAUACAAUUGAAAUAUAUAGAAACAUGCAAGUCAUGACCUAAGUGAUAAAGAAACUACUUUAUCUUUGUUUGCCAUUGGUCUGAUAUUUGUUGUCGUUCUUAAGAAAAUUAAGUUACUGGAUACAAGAGAAUGGUAGAUUUGUACUUUGUGAGGUGGUGUGUUUGAAACAUUUCAUGUCUGACAAAUGAGACUGUCAUUCCUUCAACCCACAGUUAUUAAUUUCUCCGUAUUGGCAUAAAACAUUGUUCUGUAAUGCUUAUCAGUGAAGUAUACAAGAGAUAAAGGUAGAAAGAGAGUAGAAAAAUAUAUUUUUCAGAAUAGACCCAGAAUAUGGGCAGACAUGAUAUUAUGCCGCUGUGAGCAGAGUUAACAGAGAGCCUGAAAGAAGCAGCAUGGGCUUCUAAUAAGGGAUUACUAGGGCUAGUUGGGGGAGGUUCCCUGAUCUCCCCAGUUGGCCAUCAGCCCAUGGCCAUUGUGUCCUACCAGAUAUUUGCCCAUUUUGUACUAUGACCAGUGAAGCAAUAAUUUAUCUAUAAGAAGGUCAAGACUUGAGAAGUUAAGAGCUCUAUUAAUGAGAGCACAGUAGUAGAGAUCCUCAACAACACUGCCAUUUUGUUAAAGGUUUACUCCAAACAUAAUGACCACUUCGGAGAUUUGAGAAACAGAGAAACACUGUAUAAACAGAAUUAUUUAAAGAGCUUUGAUGUUGGAAGUGUAAUUCCACCACAGGUAGGGUCAUUAGUGAACCCAAAACGAAAGUUCUAGACUGUCUGAUGUUAAUUCUGUGCACAAAGGAUGUUUGUUGUCAUAGCAUGAUAAUGCUGUUCAUAAAAGGCAUCUGUCAUCAAAGCAUGCGGAUGACCAAUGAUGGCACUCCUUUCCCUUCCAUGCCACCCAAGUCCUCCUUCAGCCUGGCCUUUUUGGGCAGGGCACUCUUAACAGCAUUAUAGACCCCUGGGCAGAGCAGUGCCCUGGGGUCCUGCCUACACAACCACUCACGGGAAUAAAAAUGUAAAUUAUAAAUAAAGCUAAUCAUAUAUUUAUUGGUACCGCCAACAAAAUCAGUGUUUAACGUUAAAAAAACAUGCUGUACAGCAAAGAUUAAUCUUCACAACCGUUUGGAGCUUUGAAGCUGACAAACAAGAAAUUCAACAUUAAAAUGGUACUCAGUUGGUAAAUCAUUCAGACAGAGAUAGCACAGUACAAAAUUAACCCAAAAAGUUGGUGCACAAAACAAACAUAUACAAACUUGAUGAUACUUAUAAACAGCAUUAUUUUAUAGUUACUUGUGUGUACCUUUAAGACUAAAUAUAGGAACAUCUAGUGCAGAGUAUCGACACACUUAAAUCAUGAGUUUUGUGGAUCCACCAGGCAUAAACUGGACCGCAGACAGAGACUGUUGGUAUUCGUGAUUCCUUUAUUAUUUCUCAAGUAGAGUUAAAAACAUUUAAAAAAAAAAAUAUUAAAAUCCUUUGAAGGCUUUAUGUAUCUCUUUAGUCACUUAGUGUUUCUUCCCCUCUCACAGUCUUGUCUCACCUUACAUGCAUAAUGCGUUUCUCUCCACCCUGGAGCUUUGCCAAAUGCAUCAGCGUUUUAAUGCACUUGAGAAAUAUAAAGGCUUCACGAAUACCAACAGUCUCUAUCUGCGGUCCAGUUUAUACCAGGUGGAUCCACAGAACUCAAGGAGUUUGAUCCCAGCAGGGCUUUUAAAGUGGCACACAAUCCACUUAUAGCCAGUGAGUUUAAAAACAUAUAAUCAGAUAAAAUUGUAUGGUAUCAAAGUGUGUAGAUGCACUGCACUAGAUGUUCUUAUAUUUUUGUCUUAAAGGUCCAAUACAAGCAACUAUAAACAAACUCUUUAUAUAAGUAUCAUCAAGUUUGUAUAUGUUUGUCGUGCGCACCAACAUUUUGGGUUAAUUUAUAUAUGGGGGAUAUUUGCAUAUACUCUUUGUUGGCUGCUGCAAUUUUGUCACAAUAAGCACACAUUGGUUGCUAUUUAUAUUUGAAUUGCACUCUAAAUUGAUAGGUCACAUGGUUAUUCUUGCAAUUGUAUUGUUUGCACAAGAAAGUAUUUUUUUUUGCACAAAAUAUUUUGCACUUUACAAAGACAUCCAAAUAUUUUGCACUUGAAAGGGAUAUACACCUAAUUUUUAUUUCACAGUUUUUUUAUAUUGUUAAAUAAUUGUGAGCACUUAUUUUUGGUUGUUAACAGUACAAAAUUACUAUAAAUUAUUUAGUAUUAAUCAAGAGAUCAACACAAACAUAACAAGAGUUACAAUUGUAUGUAAAGGAUAAAGAAAGAUUAAAUAAAAUAGAUAAGCAUAAAUAUAGGCUAAUAGUAGCAUAAUAGCUAUAUAGUAGCAUUAUUGUAUUGUUUAGCUUUCUCCAGAUAUCUGCAAAGAUUUUUGGGUAGAUUAAUUAGUGUGUCAGCUUGGUCAUGGUAGUGGUCAGAAGAUAGCACGUGGCGCCCAUUAUUGGAGUAACACACUGGCUCUGGUUGUUCUUGGUUCAACACUGUGUUGACUUGUUGUAGAAUUGGCGGUAGGGCCUCUAAGAUGUAGAUGGGGAUCAACCCCCGCCGGUCUGCGGGGGCGGGGGGAGAAUGUGGCAAAAGUCUGAUUUUGUGUGAAAUCAGACUUCCUCGGUCUGGGAGAUCGAUCGUCUCUCCUGUCCAAUGUAUUUGCUAGGCCUCCUGUCCAAUGUAUUUGCUAGGGCUUACAAUGGUAAACAUGGUUUUCAACUGCUCCAAAGAAGACCGUCCAGGUCUGGAUAAAAGUAAGUCUCUACCAGUUGCUAAAUGAGAAUGCUGAGAGGCGAUAAACCCAAUAAAAUUGAUAGCUAAAUGAGGAGUUCUCUCAAGACACAUCUAUCCAAAAUGAAGGUUAGGACCUGCCACCUAGUUAUUGUUUUUAACAAAAUAAAACUUAAGUUCUCUGUGUGCAGGGAGGCUUUGUGUGGGGAAUGACUGUGUGUGUGUGUGUGUGUGUGUCACUGUGUGUGUAUUAUGUGCCUGUGUGGGUGGUUGUGAGGGAUGUAGCUGUGUGUAAUGGCUGUGUGUAAUACAUGUGUUUUGGCUGUGUGAAUAGCUGUGUGUGAGGUAUGGUGGUGAGUAUGUAAUUUGUAGUAGGCAGUGUGUGGAUAGACUUUGUUUGUUGUGUCCUCCUCACACCUUCUCAUAAUUUUACAAUAUUGAUUAAUGAUAAAAUUAAUAUAUAUGCUUACCUUUAGGCAGGGGUCAAUAAUCCUGAUAGGAUUGUGGUUCAGGGCUGUAAAUUGUAACCAUUGUUGUACUCCAUUGUGGUCCAGUGGGAGUUUGUGUCCUGUCCCUAGUUUUUUUGUUUAGAUUUUGGUCCCGCUACCUAGUGGUACUGGGGCGAUCUAUGCCUAGCUUCCUGGUGGUACGGGAGCAUCUUGUGGUCUGCACUUUCAGCAAGUGCAGAUGAUUGUAAACACUCCUUCCAGUCUGGGAUCUCAAAGGGACAUUUAAAGUGAUCUACAUCAAGUUGAGUUCCAGACCACGAAAUCAGAUACAUUGCAUCCCCUCUGCUCCACCUGUAUUAUGUGGUGACUUUGCACACCCUGAGGCUGAAUUAAAAGGCCCAUGAUACCUCAGCUGAUCCUUUAGCUUAUUGUUUGGCUCAUAAAGUCAGGCACAUCCAAAGGUGACUGACUAAUUUCAGUGAUCAACCAAUGAUUCCUAUCCAGAUAUGACUAAACUGGCAUUGGCACUGCAUUUGAGGUGAAAGUGGUCUCUGGUUGCCAGAGACAGAGACAAUUUUUAUAAAACUGCUCCCAUACAGUUUGAAGAAGAACCAGAGGAUGGAGGAAAGUACUGUAUGGUGCAUGUUCACUAAUAACAUUGACUCAUCAACAAGAAGUGUAAACUAACUGGAAACAGCCAUCUUAUUUAUCCACAAAAAAAAUGUUUGCAAUAAAAAAAAAAAAGAGAGAAAUAAUGUUAUUUUUUACAACAUUGGAACAUAUUUAACUGCUGAAUGCAGCUGUGUGCAUUGUUAGAUAACAUUUUCCAUAGUAUCUAUAAUGCAACAUAUCAAGAAUCACGAUUGCUAAUAAGACUAGAUGACAUCAUUGAUUUAAUAGCUAAUGUAUAUAUUUAUAUUUAUUAUUAUAUUUAUAUAUUAUAUUUAUAUUGUGAUUGAUUUGAUUUUGCUGCACAAUAUAUAUAUUAAAUUUAUUUUUUCUCUCACCCCUCCUGGGUGUUAUGUUUAUUCCUCAUUCUCGGGUGCUCUAUCAGAGGCCUGGGAGUUUGAGGGUUCUGCGCAGUAUCUUAGCUGUUCCUAGAACUGCACUCUUCUGGACAGCGAUCUCAGAUGUCCCACCUGGAAUCUGUUGAAGCCACUCCCCCAACUUGGGAGUCACAGCCCCGAGUGCUCCUAUCACAACUGGGACUACUACUGCCUUCACUUUCCACAUCCUUUCUAGUUCUUCUUUCAAAAGAAGGAUCAUGAGAAGGUGAACAAAUACCAAGGACUGAAAGAAUAUAAUAUAACAUGUGGCGGCUGAGAAAUAUGCAGGGACGAGUUUUUUGGUUAACUUUCAGAUUAUAAUAGGGACCAACCGGCACAUGCACCCUCCCUGUUGUGUUAGAUUCACCAACUUUAAUUUAAAUUUAAAUUUUCCACUGGCUCUCUGGAUAUGCAGUAGAUUUCCAGGAAUUACACUUUAAAAUGUGACUUCUCUUGUAGAACUCAAGCUACUAGAAAGCAACUGUCUCACUUAACCCCUUAAGGACCAAACUUCUGGAAUAAAAGGGAAUCAUGACAUGUCACACAUGUCAAAUGUCCUUAAGGGUCACUGUAGUCACCAAAACAACUUUAGCUUAAUGAAGCAGUUUUGGUGUAUAGAACAUGCCCCAGCAGCCUCAUUGCUCAAUUCUCUGCCAUUUAGGAGUUAGAUCACUUUGUUUAUGAACCCUAGUCACACCUCCCUGCAUGUGACUUGCACAGCCUUCCUAAACAUUUCCUGUAAAGAGUCAGCUAAAGUGUAUCCUUUCUUUAUUGCAAGUUAUGUUUAAUUUAGAUUUUCUUAUUCCCUGUUAUGUUAAUAGCUUGCUAGACCCUGCAAGAGCCUCCUGUAUGUGAUUAAAGUUCAAGUUACAGAGCAAGAGAUAAAAUAGUUUACGGUAAAUUACAUCUGAUUGAAAGUGAAAAUAGUUUUUUUUUUAUGCAGGCUGUGUCAAUCAUAGCCAGGGGAGGUGUGGCAAGGGCUGCAUAAACAGAAACAAAGUGAUUUAACUCCUAAAUGGCAGUUAACUGAACAGUGAAACCUGAGAGGCAUGAUCUAUACACUAAAACUGCUUCAUAAAGUUAAAGUUGUUUAGGUGACUAUAGUGUUCCUUUAAUUAUUUAGUGAUAUCUAGUCGCUUAUUAAAUACAUUGUUAUUCACAUAUUGCUAACAAGUUACUUUUGGGAUAGCCUGUGUUUCUCUAUGAUUUUUUUUUUUCAAUAUAUCCACUUUAGGAGUAACCAACUUGUUUUAUAUUUUACUUUCUAUGUAAAUAUUUUCAUUAUUAGUGGCACUACUAUUUUUGUAUUGUAAAUAAGUAUUUAAAUGAUAAGGAUUAUUUUUAAUUUUAGAAAUAAAAGUAAUUUUUUUAAACUCAUGUCUCACCACUAUCUUCUAUCUAUUUCAUUUGGAUUUAGAUUUCAGUGAAUGUAAUACCAUUAUCAGACAUUCUGUUAGAAGUGCAUCACCGUCCCCCUUCCCCAUCAGUAGUUUAGUGGUUUUAGUUCAAUGAAUUUUGAGUAUGUCUCUGCUCUUAGGGCAAUUCUAGUGAAUCAAGUGGCUCUCUACUUCAUCGUGUCAAGUGCGGUCAUCUGCGGCAUUCUAAUGUUCACAUAUUUUCUGAACUGUGACCCUCUUCUGGCUGGAUAUGUUUCUGCGCCUGAUCAGGUAUUAUUACUACUAUUUAUAAAGUGCCAAAUGUGGCACGAAAUUAACAUACAAAUAUAAGCUAUUAUACAAACAAUUAAAAUAGUUAUGUUUAAGCAAAUACAAUGUGAACAGUGAUUCCAUACAAAUGCUAGUUAAUUUAUAUAUAAAAAUGUUAUGCAUGCAGAGAAAAAAAAGACUAAAAGUGCUUACUAAUGAAUAUAUAUAUAUAUAUAUAUAUAUAUAUAUAUACACACACACACACACACACACACACACACACACACAGACAUAUACAAGCUAGAUGCAUUUUUGUACUGUGUUGUCACUCGAGAAAUCUAUGCAAUACAAUGGAAUAUAGCUGUUUUAAAUAACAAACAAACACAAUUAAAUCAAAUAAAAACAAUAUUUUGCCCAGAAAAGUCACAAGAAAAGAUUUGUGCCUUCCUUUUUAUGACUCUAAAACAUGUAAUAGUAAAUAUGUCUAAUACUUAUUAUUUCAUUAUUACGUGUCUGGCCAGACCUAUUCGUUUGAUGGUAUGAUAUCGGUUCUCUAUUUAGACAUAUUAACCUAGCCUGUGUCUGCUUGUUCAUGUUAUAAGAACAAUGAAAAAAAACAAAAAAUGACUGAACUACUAUGCAAUUUUUGUACAUUGUGUUUUGUCAAUCUUCAUUCAUGUAAUGUCUCUAUCCACACCUCAAUAAAACCAAGAUAGAAAAAAGAAAAUAUGCCUAAUUAUAAUGGAGUAAUAUUAUUUUAAAAUCAAUGCUAAAUUAAAAAAAAAAAAAUGUUUUUUCAGAAAUGUUUUUGUUGAGGACUGAUUUAGAAACCACUGCCUUAAACCAGUCAUUUCAAUGUGAGCAUCGAGGUAGAGCUGGCCAAUCACAGUGCCUUUUACAUGUGACACACGUGUUCAAAUAACAUUUUCUUUAAAAUCAAUGUAAUAUGCCAAAUUUGAAAUCAAUGGAAUCUGCCAAGAGUUGUAGUGAGCCAUAGGAGACAGCUUAAAUGGCAGUGGUGACACUGAAUAAGAAAAAAAAUUCUGCAGCAUUAUUUCUCAUAAACGUAACUUUGAAUUACUUACAGUAUAUGCCAUAUAUGGUGCUGGAAAUUUUUGAUCAUUAUCCAGGGCUUCCAGGUCUCUUCCUUGCCUGUGCAUACAGUGGAACAUUAAGGUGAGAGUUUGCAUCAUUAAAAUACCAAAAACAAAAUACGCUUUUGUAUUUAUAAAGUUGGCUUAAUUUUACAACACGUUUUUAAAAAUUGUAUGUUUAUUAUUCUAGCACAGCAUCUACAAGUAUCAAUGCAAUGGCAGCAGUAACAGUUGAGGAUCUAAUUAAGCCAAGGUUCCCACAAAUUUCAAUGAAAAAGCUGACCUUCAUUUCAAAGGGACUUUGUAAGUGUUCUAUGCUCAAACAGACAAAGGGGCACGCCAUACAACUACUCUUCUGUGCAAUGGGUUGGAUUUAGUUGGAUUUAUUAUGGAUUUAUUUUCGUGCAACCAUUUUAUAUUUGCUGAUGAGAUUGAUUGCCAGCAAACCUUCUUUUUUUUUUGUUAUAUUUUUACUUUUAUUUUUCAAAAGUAUAUUUUUUAAUACGUUACUUUCAUUAGACAUCAAAAAUGUGAUUCCUCUCAAGCCUUGAGGACUCCUUCAAAUGACAUCUCUCCUUGUGCCCAUUUUGUUACACCCAUUCACAAGAAAGGUAGUACUGAGGAGUCAGGCAACUAUAGGUUUACGUCAGUAGUGGGGAAAGUGAUGGACACCAUGUUAAAGGGUAGGAUUGUUGAACAUCUAAAAUCACUUCAAUAUCAGAGACAACAUGGGUUUACGUCAGGGAGAUCAUGCCAAACUAAUCCUACUGAUUUUUUUGAUUGGGUAACUAAAAUAAUAGAUCAGGGUGGUGCAGUAGACAUUGCUUACCUAGAUUUCAGUAAGGCUUUUGACACUGUUGCACAUAGAAGGCUUAUCAAUAAACUGCAAUCUUUAAGUUUGGAUUCCAAUAUUGUUGAAUGGGUAAGGCGGUGGCUGAUUGACAGGCAACAGAGGGUUGUAGUCAAUGGAGUAUAUUCGAAGCUUGGACUUGUCACCAGUGGGGUACCUCAGGCAUCUGUACUUGGACCCAUUCUCUUUAAUGUUUUUAUUAGUGAUAUUGCAGAAGGCCUUGAUGGUAAGGUAUGUAUUUUUGCUGAUGAUACAAAAGUUUGCAAAGUUUGCAACCGGGUUGAUGUUCCAGGUGGGAUAAGCCAAAUGGCAAAUGAUUUAGGUAAACUAGAAAAAUGGUCAGAGUUGUAGCAACGGACCUUUAAUGUGGAUAAGUGCAAGAUAAUGAUCCAAGGGAAGAGUAUAGAAUAUUUUAUACCCUACUAACCUCAACAUGGAAAGGGAUUUAGGAGUAAUUAUUUCAGAUGACUUAAAGGUAGGCAAAUAAUGUAAUAGAGCAGCAGGAAAUGCUAGCAGAAAGGGGGAUAUGAUAGAAACAUUUAAAUACAAAAAGGGAAUCAACACAGUAAAGCAGGAGACUAUAUUUAAAUGAAGAAAAACUACCACAACAAGAGGACUCAAAUUAGAGGGGUAAAGGGUUUAAAAAUAAUUUCAGGAAGUAUUACUUUACAGAGAGGGUAGUGGAUGCAUGGAAUAGCCUUCCAGCUGAAGUGGUAGAGGUUAACACAGUGAGGGAGUUUAAGCAUGCGUGGGAUAGGCAUAAGGCUGUCCUAAACUUACGAUAAGGCCAGGGAAUUAGAAAGUAUUUCUAAAAUUGGGCAGACUAGAUGGGCUGAAUGGUUCUUAUCUGCCGUCACAUUCUAUGUUUCUAUUUUCGCAGAAAAACAUUAUAUCUCUGCCUCUUUUAAUCUAUUCUAUCUGAUUUCCAUCUUAGUUUUGUUAAUUGCACUAUUAAAAUCAAUGCAAAUUAUGACAGUACAUGUACAUUAAUUAGUGAUCUACCUUUUGGCAACUCCUGUCACAUUCCAUCUCCAACCAUCUCCAACCAUAUCACUUCAAAUCUCCCUGGAUUUCAUCUCUAACAUUUCAUCUUUCAUGUUCUGUGCACCCCACACUAUAACCAUUCCACAACCUCAUGUCAUCAUCAGACGUGUCUUUCUCUUAUCUCAGGUUCCAAAUAUGAAAAUGAAGAAUUUUUUUCAGUCAUUCUCCAUAAUGUAAAUUAAAGGGAAUUCUAAGAGAAUUUAAUUUUAUAGUCCAAAAUAGCCAAAUGGGAAUUUGUGAAAAUGGAAUUAAAUAUUAUUAAUGUCCUCAUGUUAUUGGUACGUGACACAGUGCAGACAUUGGACACCCUUGGGUAUGCAAGCAGCUUUCCCAAUACAGGAAUUAACCAAGCCAUUUUAUGUGAAGCCUAAACCUCUUGCAGCUUGGCAACAUAACCAUUAGUAGUUCCUUCUUUAGGAAAGCAUAUCAAUUAAACUGUUAAUAGCUUUCCCUCCCUGCACCUUGUUAACCCUCCCUGCUUCCUGUCAUGCAGCUGUGUCAUCCAACACACUAACCAUUGACUGUAAACUAUUCCAGUGACCUACCUUCACGUACAUGAAAUACAUCCCACCUUUAGCACUUGUGCCACUUCAGCCAACCCUCUCUAGAAUGUAAGCUCGUUUGAGCAAUGCCCUCAACCCCUCAGAGCUGGAUUAACAUAGGGGCUGCAGGGCCCCGGUGCAAAAAUUGCCGUGCCCCCCCCAUAUGUCUACCCCUUACCUCAUAUAUCCCCCCCCCCCCAAACAUGCAAAAAGAUACACAUACAUGUAGACACAAACAUACAUACAGACACACAAACUCACACACACAAACACACACACAUACAUAAAGAGACCCAUACAUACAGACAUACAGACACACAUACAUACACACACACAGACAUGAAGACAAACACAUACAAACACACAGACACAUACAGACAUACAAACACACAUACAGAUAAACAUACACACAGAGACUUAUUAUUAUUAUUAUUAUUAUUGCCAUUUAUGUAGCGCCAACAGAUUCCGUAGCGCUUUCUAUACAUACAGACAAACACAGAGACACAUACAUACAGACACACACAGAGAUACAUACAGACACACAAACACAUACACUAACACACACACAUGCAAAAUGUUUAAGUCAUCCUCCCGUUUCCUACCUUUUAGGUGCAGGAGGGUGACUUUCCAUGGGGUCUAAUGGCACAGGCUAAUGGGAGUCAGAGUUCCUACUCUGACUCCCUCCUCUCCUUCCUCACGCGCAGCUCCCAGUGGUUGCUGGUAGGGGUGACUGGGGCUGUAACUUCCUCCCAGCGUCUGACAUCAUCAUUAAAAUCGAUGCAAAUUAUGACAGUACAUGUACAUUAAUUAGGGAUCUACCUUUUGGCAACUCCUGCCACAUUCCAGUGUUAAAGCACAGCGCUGACUGGGCCACCUGGAAAUUAAUUUCCAUCGGACGGUCCUAACAGCAUGAACAUGCGGCCCCGGCGGUUACACCAUGCGGACAGGGGCCACAACACAUGGCAGCAGGCACCUGGUCGCAAGUUUCCGCAGGGUGGCUGGGCCCCCUGGAGUGAAAGACGCGGUCGCAGCUGCUACUAGGCCCUUUUUUUUAUAUAACUACUCUUCACAUGCUCUUGGUUAAGUAUGGAAACUAAAGAGGGAUGUAGGGGAACAAAUCUUGUGUGGACUGGGUAACAAUGAAAUUAGUUAAGGUAAAGCUGACUUUGCGCACUAUGCAAAUGCUCUUGCUGCUUCAGUCUCUCUAACACUGUGGCAUGUUCCCUUUCUUCUACACUCACUACAUACACCUUUCCUCUGUCCCAGAUUGUAUAACAGGAGCUUCUGAGCUUCUGCCUGCUAGUAAAAAGGUAAGAGAGGAGUGGACAAGUGAGUAGUAGGGGACAGUCCUUAGAAAGCGUGGAGUUAGCACAUCAUUAGACACAUUAAUGCCAAGUCCAGGGUGCUGUCUGCAUGGUAUGCCCUGGUUUGCUGGCCAGCAUUUACACCAGGUUGACCACCUUUUUCCCUCACCCACCGACAUUCUGCUUCACUGGACCUGCUUACUUGAAAGAUGACAGUGAGAAAUUAGCAUAGGGUCAUUUUCUGAUAGCUAUAUCCUGUGAGCUUUCCUCCAGCACCACCGCCACCAGAUACAUGAUGCUUGGGAGGUAUGACUUUUAAUGUUUUCUGUCGAUAGGAUUUUGUAAUUAGGCCCAUCAUAAUUGUAAGCACCAGGCCCAAUUGUCUCUUAAUCUUGCAAGCCCUCUGUUCCUGUGCUUCCAGCUCAUCUUUUUGCAAUUACAUGUUUGUUAGUCCACCUAUUGUAUAGCGCUACAGAAUUUGGGGGUGCUUUAUAAAUAAUAAGAGAUAUGGCAUAUGCAAUCUUUUCUAGUGGUCUCAUUGGCAGAAGGCAUUUAGCCUGCAUGUUCCUCUAGCAGGCAGAUUAAAAAUGGAAUAAUUACUUACACUGAUACAUUAGUUUUUACAUUGGUUCUUUUUAUUAUUUUAUUUUGUUAAUCUUUGCUUAUUUUUUUUUCUUACUAAUUUCUGUCUAUAACGUGUAAAAGUUAAUGUAAUUUUGUAUGUUUUCUCUCUCCCUCUUAGCUUUGGUUUACGGAUGUUCAUGUAUUAUUGUAGCCGCACUAUCUUCUCUUCUUGGGGGUGGAGUGCUUCAGGUAAUGAUAACCUUGAAAUAGUAAUUUUUCUCCAUUGCAAAGUAUAUGUAUGAAAUUAAAGUAGUAUAUCAUUAAGAAUUUGCUAUUAUAAAUUCCCAACUAACUUAAAAUUAAUGAAUUGUAAAAAAAUUUAAUUGAAAUUUAAAUUAAAAUUGAACCAUAUAGCCUCUCUCCUCAAAAAUCAGCUAUUUCAAAAUCAAUACAUUUUACCUUCUCUAAAUACUUUUAUCAGGAUGAUAGCAUUUUCUCAAAAGGUCCUAAUCACUCAUUAAAGUCACAGGGACCUCAGUGUCAAUUAAAAAGACCACUGUUGUUCUAGCAGUCACGUUACAAUACAAAGUAUUUUUUUUUUAUACAUAAAAAAUUACUAAGACCACAAUGGAUCAAUUUUUUUUUUUUAAUGUAAACAUGACAUUUUCUGUAUAUGCUUCUUUUUUUUUUACUGGAAAAUCCACCCAGUACCUAAACACUGAACAGUAACAAUGUAUAUGAAGUAACUUUUUGUAAAACAAGUAGGUGGACUGUGUCUGUCUGCAGACAGACAGGUACAUAGAUAAAUAGAAUCUUGCUGUUCCCAUUGGCACGUGGGCAGAUCUGUAGGUUAAACAUAUUUCAGAAUGACAGCCUUUUUAAUUGAUGUAUUGGCAUCACACAGCAUGUCCUACUUAAAUUUAAAAAUAAAACACAAGAGAAAGUAGGUGUAGUUUCACAAUAUAUUUGACAACUUUUCAUCUACAGAAACUCGCCUGACAAUGUCAAACUAACUUUUUGGAGGUAGUUCCACUUGAGAAUUUAUUUUAGCUACACUUCUAAGCACCCCCCAUAUAUUGUUAAAGACCAAGGGGAAAUAAAAAAUGUUUCAGUGUAUGUGUUUUAUCAUUUAAACAGACUUUUCUACUUUCAACUCAGUGAGUUUCAAAUGAAUUUUUUUUCAUAUUAUUUUAUUACUUUUUUAAAAACUGAAUUUUUAUUUGUCUUCAAUUUUUUUAAACAGCCACUGAAACAGUGAAAUAACUGACAAUAGCCAAUACACUUCUUUAGCGGUUAUGAUUCAAGGAGUGACCAGAUACCAUAAACACUGUAAUCUGUCAAAACAAUUAAGCAUGACACUGACAACUGAACCCGGCCAGGAAUUUGCACUGCAUCUGGUCUUCUCAAUUCUAGAAGCUGAAUGUCAAUUUUGCUCAAGAGACAAACACUUUAAUUGCUGAGAGGACUUAGCUGAUACUCUUAGCAAAUGCAUGAACACCUACUUCAGCAUUCAGCUUCUCUUGAUUUUAUUUUUUCCACCAUCUGAUGGUCAGCCAUGGUAGACUCCCUUCACCAAAUAGAUCUUAAAGGACCACUAUAGUGCCAGGAAAACAUAUGUGUUUUCCUGGCACUAUAGUGCCCUGAGGGUGCCCCCACCCUCAGGGUCCCCCUCCCGCCGGGCUUUGGGGAGAGGAAGGGGUUAAACACUUACCUUUCUCCAUCGCCGGGCGGGGAGCUUUCCUCCUCCUCUCCUUCUUCCUAGCGACGUCAUCGGCUGAAUGCGCAUGCGCGGCAGGAGCCGCGCGCACAUUCAGCCAGUCUCAUAGGAAAGCAUUCAUAAUGCUUUCCUAUGGACGCUGGCGUCUUCUCACUGUGAUUUUCACAGUGAGAUGCACGCAAGCGCCUCUAGCGGCUGUCAAUGAGACAGCCACUAGAGGCUGGAUUAACCCUCAGUGUAAACAUAGCAGUUUCUCUGAAACUGGUAUGUUUAUAAAAAAAGGGUUAAUCCUAUCUGGACCUGGCACCCAGACCACUUCAUUAAGCUGAAGUGGUCAGGGUGCCUAUAGUGGUCCUUUAACCAACCUAAUACCUGUAAGAAGAGCCUCAUUGAUAAAUCCCAAAUUGCCAUGCUAUUAUUAUAGGUCAAUUGGAGAUUUUGCUCUCUAUCAGCUAUUUUAUCUAAAAUCCACAAUUUGGAUAUGAAUUCUUUACAAUUCAGUGUUUAGUGAAGAAACACUUAUUGUAUUAAGGUACACUAAAAUGUUUACUUGUAACAUGGUAACUUAAGUUGAAAAAACGUUUCUACAUUCCUGUUUGUGCCGUAAGUAAAAAACAGAAAGCAAAAUCCUUAUUGAAGUACCUUCCAGUAUAGCUAUAAUAACUGCAUGAGAUAUCAUUUGGCACUUUGCAUCUUUAGCCUCAUUGUUUUCCUUGGCUGUAGCAUUGAAAAAUAAAAUAAAAAAUAAAUCAUAUUCUCAUUUGCUUCUCUUUUGUAGGGUUCCUUCACAGUAAUGGGUGUAAUCAGCGGACCGUUACUUGGGGCAUUUAUUCUUGGAAUGUUUACUGUCUCCUGCAAUACAGCAGUAAGUUAUAUAUCAAUAGUUACAAUAUAUCUUAUCUGAUUUGUAGUGGGAUUCAAAAACAGGGUUUUUUAACUUCAAGUGUUACUCCAUCCAUCAUAGCCACUACAGCCUGAUGUAAUGGUUAUGAUGGUAGUAGUACCCUGGAGCUGUUCCCCAGUUUUACAAUGGUUUGUGUUCUUAUCUUGGCUCCUGUCAAGUGCUUAUCAUCCUGUUCCAUAGAAUUACAACAUCUUGCUCCUGCAGAGCUACAGAAGAGGACAGAUGCUAAUCCUACUGCUCAUUUAUUGGCUGAGAGCAUUAUCUGAGCACUCUGAGACAAUGAAUGAGUGUCUGUGCACAGAAUUGACAUUAUCCAAUGAUGCUGCCUGAGGUGGAGUGGAGUUACACCUCUGGCAGCAAAGGGUAAAACUCAAUAUGUGCAGAAUUUCACAGUGAAAAGUAGCACAUACAGACUCCAGGCACUAUGACCACUUCAAAUCACUAAAGUGGUCAUGGUGCCUGGAGUAACCCUUUAAAAGUUAAGAUGGGCUAUUAAAUGAGGCUACAUAUAGGCUUUCCCCAAGCUAUGCAAUAUAUAUAUAUAUAUAUAUAUAUAUAUAUAUAUAUAUAUAAUAGGUAAGUCGACCAAUCAUAGCUCUUCGACUGGGCAUACACAUCUUGGGAAAAACCCUUAUAUGGGGUUUUCUUAUCUUGCAAGCUUAUUCUGAGCCAAGCUCCCACGGGGCUCACAUGGAUUAUUAUAUUGUGUUGUGUUUUUAUUAUUGUUCUGCAAUCCAUUUUUUUCCUUGAAGCUGCACUGGAACAAUAUAGAUUUUUAGUUGGCCUUUUUUGUGGCUGAAGAAAAGAAGAUGAAAGAAUACAACUAAUGGUAACUAUGAUUUACUUUUUACAGUUAUUGGUUUUGCCCUCCCCCACUAUUUUUAGUGGCCUUUGGACAAUGUUAUAUAUUAAUUUAGAGCUGCUACUCACUGCCAAUCCAAUCGAAACAGCAUUGGCCGUUUUGGUUGCUUUGGGAUUAGGACAUGUGGAGGCUCGGAUUUCAGCUUUUCGGUACCAUGAUCACAAAACACAAAUUAAGCUGAAUAGUGAUUCUGCCAAAACUGAUUCUCCAAGUUUUCCAAUGUUUUUAAAAAAUUAAUGCAGACUUAAUAAAAAAACAAAAACAAAACUAAAGCUCUAAACAGAACCUGACAAAACAGACUCCUUGGAUACAGCUUUCUACAUCCUCAAUUUAACAAAUGCCAUUUGAAAAGUACCCAAUUGUGAGCAUAGGUGGGUCUGUCAAGAACAGAUUGUGCAUGUAAACCUUUCUGCAAUGUACUAAAGCACUGUGUUUUUGACAAGGAACCCAGUAGCAAUGGGGUUAAUGGAUUUCUAUCUAAUUUAUGUAGACAAUGUCUGAAUAAAUGAACACAAUAUGUGUUUUAAUUGCAUGCUACAGCUGUUCUCAUUUUUAUUUAUUCAUGUAUUGUUUCUGUCAGGGAGUGUUUUCAGGCCUUCUGGUUGGACUCACCUUGAGCCUCUGGGUGGCAGUAGGAGGUACUCUUUAUCCACCCACAGCAGAAAUGAUGGGAGAACUACCUAUGUAUGCAGAAAAAUGUCCCUUAUACAACUCUAGUCACGGAAUCAUCUAUGGCCCAGCCCCACCUCAAAACAUCUCAACUCCACUAGACCGGUAAAUAGUGUAAUAUGUCUACAUGUUUUGGGUAAACAUGUAUGUAAAAUACUUACCAUUGGAGACUGAAGGUAAAAUGUGAUGGGAAAAGUGGUUAGUAGAGUGGGAGUAGAUGUUAGCAGGUUGUAGAUUAUUGGUAAUUUACAACAUAGUAUCUCAAAGUCUCUGCUUGGUCAAAAUAAGCAAGUAUUCAGAAGAUUAUUAAAAAGGAAAAAUAUAUAAAAACACUAGAGUGGAAGCUGUAAGACCAGAAUUUAAGAUAGUGUGCACAGACUGUUAGUUUAUGAAGAUAGUUGAAGCAUUCCUACUAUAAUUUUUCCAGUUCCAAUAUUUUAAAAUUUUGAUUGAUUAUGAGACUAUAAUUCACUUUUAGUGAUGACUAGUAGACUAACUGGUAACCUACAAAGCCGGUCAAAGUCUAGCUGGACAUGGAAUCGGCCCAUUUACCAGAAAUCCCAAAUAGAAAGUAAUGGUCGAGCACACCACUUUAAAAUUGGAGUGAUUUUCACCAUUACUUCUUGUUUUGGAUUGCUGCUAUAUACGUGAUGACAGAACUGGGGUUACAUUGCUUUCACUAUCUGUGAGUAUCAUUACUUAGGCAUGGGCUGGCAACAUUUUCACAUUGACUAGUCACCAGAAAGACAAAAGCUCUGGAGUAAAUGGGUUUGUUUUAGCCUGUAAGUUUUGCAUAAUUUUACCUUUUUCUUUGGAAGUUGCUGAAUUUGUUCCUUUCUGCACAGAUCAGCCAUCACUGAAGAAUUCUACUCUCUGUCCUAUCUGUAUUAUGGCGCCCUGGGAACACUGAGUACAAUCUUAAUUGGUGUUCUGAUUAGCUAUCUGACAGGUGACACAUUUAACAUGUUACAUUUAUUAUGUAGUAUGGGUAUGCUUUAUAUUAAGUUCAAUUUAAAAUUAUACAUUUGCUAUCUCUACAUUUCUGGUGUAGGUCCUACCAAGAGGGAGGAUAUAGCCCCCGGUCUGUUGUGGUGGGAUCUUACCAAGCUUCCUUGCGGCUCAUCAGAGGAUAAAAAGAAAGCUUUGAAGAUAAAUGAUGAGGUGAGCACUUUACCACUGAGAAAAUUGGAAAAUUAUUAGAAUAUGAGUAACUGAAAAGAAAACUACCUCUGAGAAUACGGGAAUAUAAAUGGUGAUGUAAAUGGCAGAAUUAUACAAGCUGCAAGGGAUAUUAACCAACAAUUAAUAUAGAUGGUUUUUCAGUUGCAGUUUAGCAGCAAUCAUAACACAGUGGUUGGGGGAUAGUGGUGUGAAUGUGUGGCCUGAGGGUUUUGGUGGGAUAUAACAAGAACAAAUGAUGAUUGGAAGAGUAUGAUAAGAAGUACAGGAAAGAAUAACUAUUAUGUAGGACAAAGGUGGUAACACACUGAGAUAAAUAACAGGACUGGAAAAGGUAUUAGAACUAAUAGAAAUCGAGGACUGAAAGAAGGUCAAGUACAGUGUGCUUCAGUAGAAAUAUAAACAAGGCACCAUUUGUGGUUUCUAGAGGAACUGCUGGGAAACUAGAGUUAGGAAUGAAAGUGAAAUGACUAAUGAACUAAAUCUGAUAUUCUUUAGGUCUCUCUCUCAAUGAAAGACAGCUCUCUUCCCUACUCUCCAAAAAUACCAAAUUCACUAUUGAACUCUGAGACUAAAAGUUUCCUGCUUACUCAAAAAUACGCUCAACCAUUGGAAAAUGAACCUUGUCAGCUAGAAAAGUCUACCUCCUUCUCCUCAACUAUACAUCAUUUGGACAAAGAUUCAUGCAUAUAAGACUGAGCAAUACUUUCUGCUCCUUUGAGACUAGACAGAAGAUAUUAAAAGACUGGAUCCUGCUUAGUAUGAAUAAGCAUUCAAGGAGGUUAAUUGUCCUAAUCUGAGAAUUUUGUUUGUCAGGUCCAUUGAUUUUCAUGUAGCAAUUUUUUAGCUAUUUUAUUGCACUUUUCACAAAAAGAGACUGUUUCAUGUUAUGUUCCAGAUUGAGACUAUUAAAGGGCAUUGUCCUAGUGGAAAACUGUAAGUGUUAUGCCACUUUUGGGACUUUUUCUAUCCUUCACUUUUACUUAUAUCAUCUCUUAAAUCAAUUAAUAUAUCAAAUAAAACAUAGUUACAGUAAUUUAUCAAUAGAAGGUAAUUACCUCCACUGUAGCAAUGCAGUCUUAGCCAUUUGAUUGGGUUCAUGGGUAUUCCACUAAUGUAACACCAACUCCUGGCUCCCACGUAAAUAUCAUUGGCCAUCUGUCAUCUCCAUUUGCAAGAUGGACUUGCUAGAGGAAAAUUCUAUGCAACUAUAGCACUUCUGCUAUAGCUGUUGUCACUCAACCCUCACUAUAGACAAUACUAAUAAUUAAAUGACAGGUGAGGGGAGGGACAGUAUCUUUUUUCUUUCAUUUAAAUAAGCUAAAAUAAUGUGUAAAUUAAUAUAUGCUCUCUGUCUAGACUUACUGCUCAGGAAAUCCACCAUAAAUUAGCUAGUCAGACACUCUGAAUGAUAUAGAUCAAGGCUAGGUACACACGGCUAUGUGUUCUUCUAAAUGUAUGAAAAGGAAUUUACUAUGUCCUAAAAUAAUGUCAUAAUUUUAUUAAAGACACAGAGGCGAGUAUUGAUAUGCUAUCUCUUUCUGUACUGUCCAUAUAAAGUCAAUAACAAUGAAAAAAAAAGAUAAAAUUACAUAAAUCAAAACUUUGAACUAUGAAUAGCAUGAGUAACAAAUAAACUUUUUUUUUUCUUUGCGAAUGUCAAGAUAAUACUGCCCCUACAUGCAAAACUUAGUUUAGAGCAUAAAAAGAUAGCUUAGCGCGUAUUACCAGAACUUAGAGUGGGCAGACAAAGUAAAGAUACAAGCAAAAGUAAAAUGGCAAAAGUCAAAAUGAAAAAUAUAAACAUGCUGUUUGGGAACCAAGCAGAAACCACGACAGGGUAAAUCGUAUGCCUGAAAGUUUAUUUAAAUGCCUAUGUGUGCUCUGGUACACAUUACUCCUGUAACCCUUAUUAGUGCUGUAAUGAGGUUACAGGUGUGAUGUGAGCUUUUCUGGCAAUGCAUCUUUAUUUUAUAAUUAGAGGAAUACUGUGAACGUGUAGCAACUGACUUGCUGCCCAGACCAUGUCCACAUGCAUUGGCCUCCACAUCAGCAUGCAUGGCGUGCACAGUCAGAAAGGCAGAGUUACCCUGCCCAGAGUGACUCUGGAAACCAUGGCCUCCCGAUCAAUGCAUGUAGAGUGCACAGAGAGGUCAGAUAUGAAAGAAAUCAACAACAGUAAUUCAACAGGUGGGAAAAAGUUUAAUGGUCUAAUAAUUGCCUGCGUGUCUUUAAUAAAGUUACGAUUUUAUAUCAUGAAAUAGUAAAAUGUGUGAAUUUUAUUACAAAACACUGAGGCUCCUAUUAUGCAGAUCAAAGCUGUGUUAGGUAAAUGUUGGAUUGGUUGAAAAUGGAAAACUGCUUUACCAGUGGUAUCUUUCCAUGGAUAAGCUCCAUAGAAUCUAUAAAACAACGUCCAACUUGUGCAGAAGAUGCAAGGCUCAAAUAAAAGAUAUGUUCCAUAUAUUGUGGCACUGCCCAGGGAUUCACUCGCUGUGGUAAUUUGUCUCCCACAUGUUAAUUCACUUUACUAUCCAGAUAGCCAGCACUCCAGUUGCAUAUUUAUGGCUAGACUGCCCCAAAAGUAUCGUAUCAUAAACAAGCUUUAGCUUCUCAUUAAUUAUCAGAUAAAUCUCUAAUAGCUAUCAAUUUGAAAAGUGAUGUAUGCCCUACGGAGACACAGCUAAUAGACAAAUUGCAUACCAAUUAAAUGCAUAAGGUGGCUAUGGUCCUUACUUCAGCACAGAAAAAGGCAAUAAUCCUUAUUUGGGAACCUGUUUUUGCUUUUGAUCCAAAAGAAGACAAAAAAAUAAAACUCCUUCUCGACCUUGUAUCGGAAUGGCAGUCAGAUCUCACCUUGUUUCAAGAAGAUAUUAUCCCACAUAUUAAAAAUGAUAUCCCUGAAUAUUAUGAUUUUGCAUGUAUUCAUCCAGUUGCUGUUUAAACAGACUCUUCACGCAGUGAAUUCCACUCCCUAAUUAUUCUUACAGUAAAAAAAAAAAAACACUUUUAUUUGUAUUAGACUCCUUUCUUCCAGUCUAAACGUGUGACCUCGUGUCCUAUGUAUGUUUAGGAAUAGAUUUCCAGACAAUCAUUUGAACUGGCCUUGAAUAUAUUUGUAUAAUGCCAUCAUGUCCUCUCUGAGGUGCUCAUUUUCUAAACCAAACAGAUUAAAAUUUGUCUCUGCACUUUUUCUAGUGCCAUAAUAUCCUUUUUUAGAACAGGAUUAUAAGAGAUAAAAUUAUAUUUUAAUCCCAAGAAUGAAUGCCUCUUUCUAUGCAUGGCAAUACCUUUACCUUAGCAAUUGCUGACUGACAUUACACAUGGUUGCCUAGUUUAUUGUCUAUAACAAUUCCCAAAUCUUUCUCGUCUUGUUAUUCCUAGUUCACUACCAUUUAAGGUAUACAUUGCAUGUGAAUUCUUUACCCCGAAGUGCAUAACUUUGCAUUUUUCUACCUUACAUUUCAUCUGCCAUAUCCAGGGCCGGCCUUAGGCAAUUAGGCGCCCUGUGCGAAAAGUCUUCACGGCGCCCCCUCCCCCACCAAGUUGCCUGUAUACAGUCACACACACAGGCACAGGCAGACAGUCUCACACACACACACGCACAUACACAGUUACAGGCAUACAGUCACACAGUCACAGAGCCAAACACACAGUUAAAGGCAGACAGUCACACACAGUUACAUGCACACAGUCACACAUACUCCAUUACAAGCAGACAGUCAUACACACACACACACUCAGUUAAAGGCAGAUAGUCACAAAUAUAGGCAGACACACACAACAGCACAGCUACAGAGACACACACAAUUGGAGUCACACACAGUCAGACAAUCACACACACACACACACACACACACGCAGAGGCAGGCAGUCACACACACACACACAGGGAGGCAGUUCCACAGAAAGACAGUCACACACAAGCAGGCAGUCAGGCAGUCACACAUACACACACACACACACACACACAGAGGCAGGCAGUCAUACACACACACUUACCUCUUUACAGUGGAUGCAGUUGGUUGUUGGUAAAGCAGGGACUCCCUUCUUCCCUCUUCCUGUGCAGCUUUGGGUAGGUAUUAGCCUUGCCUCUGCCUCACGAUAAGCCCCGCCCACACUGCCUCAUUUUUGUAUUUUUUUUUAAUAGACCCGGGUGGAGAAUAAUUAAUCCUCCACCCAGGUACCUGUUUUAGCUCCCCUGACACCGGCCAUGUGCGAGCUGUGUCAGCCACAUGGCACCCCCUGGUCCAUGGCGUCCUGUGUGGCCGCACAGCUCGCACACCCCUAAGGCCGGCCCUGGCCAUAUGAGUGCCCAGUCCCCUAAUCUAUCUAAAUCCCUCUGCCGCAAAGUAAUAUCCUGCUCACGCUGUAUUACUUUACAAAAUUUUGUGUCAUCUGCAAACACCGAAACAUGACUUUCAAUGCUUAUUUCAAUAUAAUUUAUAAAUAUGUUAAAUAGAAACUGCCCCAAGAGCCAGUUGGGAUUUGGUGCAUGAUGACGUGAGGUGCACAUGCUCACACUGCAGUGGGAGUGUCUGGUAGCUGUAUGGCGGCGGUUGUGGUUUCCCAUACCGCAUGUGUUAAACUCCCCGGCAAAAUUCUGGGUAUGAUCACUCUCCUGUCCCUCUGAAAAAUAAGCUGCCUCUUCGAAUCCCUCCUCUCCUCCAUUCAAUGGAGUUGGCGGUCGGCAAACUCGGGGGUCCCACUGUCUGGAUGUACCCUAAUUUGAGGUCAUCUUAAAAACUGUCAAAUUAAGUACUCCCUCAAAGAAGAAGCAGCCACGCACUCAAAAGGGCUGUGAGUAGCUCCAUUAGGAGCAAAAUAGCUCGUUACUAGACCAGCUAACCAGGCAUACUAGCACCUUUGGUUUACCUUGUUUUAAGUUUGCUUAAAUUAUUUAUUUUUUCUUAUGUACUUGGGUAGAAGAAUUACAUUAUCUCUAGGAAAUUGUUAUUGAAGCAGAGACCAGAUUUGGGAUCCACUUAAAGGACUGGUUAAGAGAAAAUGCCUAUAUAAAAAAACGUUUAAGGUGUUCAACCGCAAUUUAUUUUGCAGGCAAAACAGAAUUUAAAGGUAGAGAAAAGGGGCAGAAAGGGGAAGGAAAGGAAAAGAGUUGUCAUUAAGUUUAGAGAGAAAAUAAAUUUUGUUCCAUCUGUAAACAGGGCCAGACUGGGGAUACAAAGCAGCCCUGGAAAAAAAAUCUAUGCCAGCCCCAUAAGUCAUUUUGCCAUGUAUUGUGUGUAAUAUAUUACACACACUCUAAAAUGACCAAUAUUUAGAAUUAAAAAAGAAAUAUACCAAUAAUAUGUAAGGCUAUGUCUUGCCACCCCAGAUGAUGGAGUAAU